AUGCGUGACAAUGCUACAAACACUUUUUUGUGCACGUACCAAAAGUUAUAUCUAUCUAUCUAUCUAUCUAUCUAUCUAUCUAUCUAUCUAUCUAUCUAUCUAUCUUUUUCUUUUUCUUUUUUUAUCAUUUCAACUCCAAUUUCACGACUUAACUAUACAAUCUCCUUUCUUUCUUGGUCUCUUCCAUAUCUUUCUAUGUCAACAAAUCUGUCUUAUCUGUCCACAUCUAUCUAUCUAUCUAUCUAUCUAUCUAUCUAUCUAUCUAUCUAUCUCGUUCCUAUCUAUCUCAGUCUUUUCAUUAUCUAUUUUGAUACUUUUAUAAAUCUGGUCGUAUUUAUUAAAAGAUAUGCUGGGAGCCAUCAAAAAUCUUCCCUCUGCGUCUGGCUGGCAUCAUUACUGAUUCACGGAACAUUUGUAGGAAUAUGGCGCCACUCAGCUUCAUCAAAACCUCGCAUUCAGAAUAUUCAUUUCCUCGCGAAACCGAUCAGCCUGUUCAUAUCUAUUAAGAUAUAUCUAUCUAUUAAUCAGUUCACAUCUAUCUAUCUAUCUAUCUAUCUAUCUAUCUCAGUCUGUUUAUAUCUAUCUAUCUAUCUAUCUAUCUAUCUAUCUAUCUCAGUCUGUUUAUAUCUAUCUAUCUAUCUAUCUAUCUAUCUAUCUAUCUAUCUAUCUAUCUCUGCUAGCACAAAUUAUAAAAGUAGUACGGACCAGCCACAUUAUUCAAAUACCUUUUGUGAGUCUUGA